GUUCACAAUUUCCCCGCAUUCAGGACAGGAAAAAUUCCCAUUUCCACAGAAUCCCAGCCCCAUCCCCCACAGUACGAGAGAUCUCACACGGGGGAGGAGUUUUAUUUCUGUUCUGAGUGCGGGAGAUGUUUUCGUCAUGAAUCCGAACUUGUCAUACAUUACAGAUCUCACACGGGGGAGAAGCCGUAUUCUUGUUCUGAGUGCGGGAAACAUUUUUCACAGAAGUCCCAUCUUUCCAGACAUCAGAGAUUACACACGGGCGAGAAAACGUAUGCCUGCCCUGAGUGUGGGAAAUGUUUUCCACAGAAAUCAAAACUUGUUUUACAUCAAAGGUCUCACACGGGAGAGAAGCCAUUUUCCUGUCCUGAGUGCGGGAAAUGUUUUUCACAGAAGGCCAAUCUUUCCAAACAUCAAAGGUCGCACACGGGUGAGAAGCCUUAUACUUGUUCUGAGUGCGGGAAAUGUUUUGCACAGAAAUCAGACCUUGUUAUACAUCAAAGAUCCCACACGGGGGAGAAGCCAUUUUCCUGCCCUGAGUGCGGGAAAUGUUUCUCAGAUAAGUCCAAGCUUUCUAGACAUCAGAGACUGCACAUGGGGGAGAAGCCGUAUUCCUGCUCCGUGUGCGGAAAGUGUUAUACGCGGAAACCUGAACUUAUUAUACAUCAAAGAUCUCACGCGGUGAAGAAGCCGUAUUCCUGCCCCGAGUGCUGGAAAUGUUUUUCCGAUAAGUCCAACUUUUCGAGACAUCAGAGAAUGCACACGGGUGAGAAGUUGUACUCCUGCUCUGACCGCAACCCACCGGCUCAGAGACAAUCCUACUUAUCACCAGUCGCAAUGCACCUGCUCUGA